UCCUGGUAGCCGCCGCCGCCCGCCGUGCACACCCCCAUGGCCGCCUCCCCUCCUCCGACAAAAGGGCAGUCAAACUCGAUCGAUACGCUCAGCCGCUGCCUGCUCGAUUCAACCGGGGACACCGAAAUCACACCGAGCGAGACUGAACUCGGCAAUAUGGAGAUGGCUGGAGACAAAGGUUGCUCCGACGACACACACUCGAUUCCGCCAACGGAGAUCAAGGUCGCCGGCGCUGAAGACGGGAAUUCCUCCGCCGCCAGUCCCAAGAUCCACCUGCCGCACGCCGGAAGAGCCCGUGGGAAGACGUCUUGGUUCUACGCCGCCUUCCUUUCUCUGGCCAUCCGCGCCUUACCCGUGGACAAGUACUGGCUCGAGGGCUUCUAUAAGCUCAAACCCUCCCACCGUGCAUUGAUCAGCCGUGUCUUUGUGACCAUGUAUUGCUUGCUGAUCCUGGCCUUGGCCGUUCCUAUCGUGUUACUGGUGCACUUCCACGGGCAGGAGAUGUCCCAGGUGUGGGUCAUCUCGCUCAUUCUGUGUUCAUACGCCUUCCUUGCCUCCCUGUUCAUCUGGAGGGAUUGGUGGUUCUACACAGACCUCGUACAUCUCUCAUACGGCCCCCUGUUGGCCUUCUACGCCGCCGCUGCCAUCGGCCCUCGCACCGCCAUCUUUAUCCUGCAUUGGAGCACGCUAUGGGCUGCUGGGUACCUGGGCUGCUCCAUCGCUUUGCACCGCCUGCACAAGGGGACUGAGCGGGGCAUUGACAAGUUGCCUAGGCCGUCGUGCCCUAGCAAGGACGCGGCCGAAGGAUUCGCCCGCUCGGUCUAUAUCAAAGCAUUCAUUAUCUCGGUGGGUUGGACUAUGUACAUGGCGGUGAUGGUCUAUGGACUGGAGGUGACUGAAGAGCUGACUAUUGUCUUGAUCCUCUCUAGCAUUGGCUGGCCCUAUGUCACCCUCUGGUUAUGCCAUGCCUCUUAUAAUCUCAUGCGCGGAGUUCUCCUUAAGGGGCCAAUGAGUUCACUUCCCUAUCUGGUCCCAUGUGUUAUGCUCUCUCCUGCCAUCAUGUUUCUGUCUCUUAUCCUCGCCGUAUUGUUCCAUUGGCUGUUGCUCAUGGUCUUGGUUGGCUUCCUUGGGUACCAUCUCGCUGUUUACUCACGCUACUUGCACACCGCCGCACCAUGGUAUGUACUGUGA